UCGCCCGCGUUACAGGAGACCGGCGCAUAUAAGGAGCGGAGGCCGCCUCCCUGCGCUCCCUCUCCGCCGCCUCGCCUUCCGCUCCGCGUGCUCGCCCGACUGUUUCCGGCCCAGAGAGCUCCUAACUGCGUUGUACCAUGUGUGGCAUUUGGGCCCUCUUUGGCAGCGAUGACUGCCUUUCUGUGCAGUGUCUGAGUGCUAUGAGGAUUGCACACAGGGGUCCGGACGCAUUUCGUUUUGAGAAUGUCAAUGGUUACACCAACUGCUGCUUUGGAUUCCACCGGUUGGCGGUAGUUGACCCUCUGUUUGGAAUGCAGCCAAUUCGAUUGAGGAAGUAUCCCUUUUUGUGGCUCUGUUACAAUGGUGAAAUCUACAACCACAGAAGGUUACAACAACAUUUUGGAUUUGAGUACCAGACCAAUGUGGAUGGUGAGAUAAUCCUUCAUCUGUAUAACAAAGGAGGAAUUGAGCAAACAGUUGGUCUGUUGGAUGGGGUGUUUGCAUUCAUUUUGCUGGACAUCACAAAUAAGAAAGUGUUCCUGGGCAGAGAUACUUAUGGAGUCAGACCUUUAUUUAAAGCCAUGACAGAAGAUGGAUUUCUGGCUGUUUGUUCAGAAGCUAAAGGUCUUGUUACCUUGAAGCAUUCCACAACUCCCUUUUUAAAAGUGGACCCUUUUCCUCCGGGACACUAUGAAGUUUUGGAUUUAAAGCCAAAUGGCAAAGUUGCAUCUGUAGAAAUGGUUAAAUAUCACCACUGUAGAGACGAACCUUCACAUGUCAUCUAUGACAGUGUGGAAAAACUCUUCCCAGGUUUUGAGUUAGAGACUGUAAAGAACAACCUGCGGAUCCUUUUUAACAAUGCUAUUAAGAAGCGUUUGAUGACAGACAGGAGGAUUGGUUGCCUUUUAUCAGGGGGCUUGGACUCCAGCUUGGUGGCUGCCACCUUACUGAAGCAACUAAAAGAGACCCAAAUACAGUAUCCUCUCCAGACAUUUGCUAUUGGCAUGGAAGACAGUCCUGACUUACUGGCUGCUAGGAAGGUGGCAAAUCAUAUUGGAAGUGAGCAUCAUGAAGUCCUCUUUAACUCCGAGGAAGGCAUUCAGGCCUUGGAUGAAGUCAUAUUUUCCUUGGAAACUUAUGACAUUACAACAAUUCGAGCAUCUGUAGGUAAGAUCCCACCGCCCCCCACAUCACACUGCAGAGCAAGCCUUAACAACAGAUCCCUUAGGGACUAUAUGCGAAUCCUAACACUGCUAAAACUCUUUUGUAUGGUGAUGGAGGCCAGUGUGCAAGGCCUGGUUUUCAAUACAGUAUCUUUUAUUUUCCCUUUCAGCCUUGAACUAAGAGUCCCAUUUCUGGAUCAUCGAUUUUCUUCUUAUUACUUGUCUUUACCACCGGAAAUGAGAAUUCCCAAAAAUGGGAUUGAGAAACAUCUCUUGAGAGAGACGUUUGAGGACUCCAACCUACUACCUAAAGAGAUUCUCUGGCGACCAAAGGAAGCAUUCAGUGAUGGAAUAACCUCAGUCAAGAACUCCUGGUUCAAGAUUUUACAGGAUUACAUUGAGCACGAGGUUGAUGAUACAAUGAUGGCAGCAGCUGCCCAGAAGUUUCCCUUCAAUACUCCAAAGACUAAAGAAGGCUAUUACUACCGUCAGAUCUUUGAACGCCACUAUCCAGGCCGGGCUGAUUGGCUGACCCAUUACUGGAUGCCCAAGUGGAUCAAUGCUACAGAUCCUUCCGCCCGAACUCUGACCCAUUACAAGUCAGAUGCCAAAGCUUAGGUGCUCUCUGAGCAAUCGGGCAGAAGGAAAUGCUCCUUUUGGCAACGGGGGGACAAAAACAGGACAAGGAGGCUCAGUCACUCAGGCUUACUUGGGUAGGGAGAAGAAUAAAAAUACUACACCUAAAAUUUUGCUCUAAUUGUUCAUAUUAAUACAGUCUCAUCAUCCUAGGUAAUUA